CCCCCGUCAAACCGCACCAGGGUUUCGGCCGAGCCGCAGGGGCUGAUGGGAGGUCGUAGGAGCUGUUAGAAAGCAGGCGGCCCUGGUCUGAUGUCACAGCUCGUCCUGGUUUGUCCUCAGCUGCAGCAGACGCCGCUUCGGCUCAGGUUCACCAGAGGAAAUGCCACAAAAUGCUUCUGCUACCACCGGCUGCUCUGUGCUGUCUGUGUUCAGCACUGGUCGCCACGGCAACACAGCUGAUUCAGGAGGAUGUAACACUGACCAGGAGAGUCGGUCAACAAGUCUCCUUCAGCUGUGGAGGAACUGAGAAGUGUGAUUUAAGUUAUAUUUUGUGGUACCAGAAGAAAGACACAGAAACAUUUAAACUGAUUCUGGUUAUUGAUAUGAGUGAUGGUAACUUAUAUAAAAGUUACAAUCAUCCUCAGAAAGAUGAUUUCUCAUCUGUACGUAAAGGUAAAGGUGUUGAGCUGCAGAUCCAGACAGUUAAACCCUCUCAUUCAGCCUCGUACUACUGCAGCUGUUGGAAGUCAGGAACCACAGUGAUAAAAGACUCCUGAAGUCUGCACAAAAACCUCCAGAUGAAGAAACAUCAACCAGCGUUAGUGACAGGAACAGAACAGGAAACCACGGCAACCAUCCCAUAGUUCAGCUCCAUCUCAGACACAAACUAACUGAUCUGAGGACACUUUGAAUCCCAUAGAUUUCAUAUUAUGAAGCAGAUUUGACACAUUUGAACAGGUUUAAUGUUGGAAAAAACGGAGCAUAAAAGUCAGAGUCCAAAGGACAAACAGGAUAAACCUGAAGAGUCAUGGACACGGACCAAUGUUGGACUCAGAGUUGGACCCAUGAAAAUGGACAGACAAUGAAAACCACUGCUGUGUUUGUCCACAGUUCAAAAGUGAGGAUGUGAAGUGAAUCCUCUGGAGACCAUGAAUGCGAAUCCAUCCAUCAGUGGGUCCAGAUCCAGUCCAUGUGGACUAAAGGACUGAGGACCUGAACCACGUUCAUCCACAGAGUCAAAGUGAUGCAGAAAAGACAAAGACAAAACCGUCCUGUUGACGUGGACAUGAGACAAACACAUCAUGGAUCUGGAACCUGAUCCUGGUUCAUCAUCUGGACACGUUCAGUCCACGUCAGCCCACGGUGGUGGAGCCCACAGGUUUUUGUACCAACAGAUUUCACUGUGGUACAUGAUCUUUGGUUCUGGGACUAAACUGUACGUAACAGGUGAUCGGCCGCUGAAGCCCGUGGUGGACGUGUACCAGGCGGCGUCCACAGCCCACCUGGACGGGAAGACCUCCCUGCUGUGUGUGGCCUCAGGCAUGUUUCCUCCUGAGGUCCGGUUCUCCUGGAAAAGACAGAAGGGCAACGGAGCUGUGGAGGAUCUGCCCGACGCUGAGGGAGAACAGCUGGAGGUCCAAGAGUCUGGACGCAGAACCGCCAUCAGGACCGUCCAUCACAAUCACCACAGCUCAGAGAAAUACUGGUGCACGGUCCAGCACGAGGGGGGGGCGGUGAUGGCCCAGACCCAACAAGAGGUUCCAGCUCUUCCACCAACCCCGACAGUCCCACCGACUCCUGGUCCUCCUGGUCCUCCUGGUCCUCCUGUCCAGCCCUGGGACUCCCAGCGUCUGUCUUGUCUGUUUUACUCAGUUCUGAUAAUGAAGAGUCUGCUUUACUGCUGUGGACUCUGUGUAAGGAGUCUAAUGUAGAACAUCCACCUGCUCCACACAACCAUGGAAAUAUAUAUACAUAUAUAUGCAGGGUGUCCCAAAACAUCUGACAACAUUUCAUCAUCUAAUAAUUUGUUUAAACUUUCUUUGCUCUUUUUGCUCAAAAAAGUGUCAUCAUUUUGAUUGUUCUGCUUUCAUGAACAGACAUGCCGUUUACUGCAGCAGAAAAGGCCUUCUGUGUGUUGAAGUACGCCCAAACUCAGUCAAAUGUGAAUGUGUGAUGUGAAUUUGGUAGAAAAUUUCAUAAACAAGCGACAACAGGAAAGCAGAUUUGGACGUGGCAUUAGAAGUUUCAAGAGGAAGGCUGUUUGUGUCGGGAAAAACAAACUCCAGAACCGACUUGAUGUGUGCUGCGUCACAAACGGCGUUCAUGUUGAACAUCUGUAAUAACUUUGGAACAUUAUAAAAUUACCAUCCCCCAGAAUUUUUCAUUUGAAACUUGUAGAAUAAAACAUUUUAUGUCCACAAUAAAUCCUAUUCAGUAUCAUUUCUCCUGACCGUGUAGUCACUCCGAUAUGGACAUCUGAAAUGAUGUCAGUUUUUUUGGGACACCCUGUAUAUAUAUUGUAUCCGUUCGUCGUCCGUCUGUCCGUAUGCGCAAAAACUGUGGCGUGGACUGAAGGCCGAGGGUUUUCAAGUGCGGUCAUGUGAUGUUUAUUUGUGUCUCAGCUCUGAUACAUGAUAGCAUAUAAUUUUUCACUUUUCAUUUUUCUAAUAUUAAUAUCCUCCUGAGACCCAGGAAACCAAAACUUUGGCUUUUUUACAUUAAAUAAUUGUCUUGAUUGGAAACAGCAUAAUGUAAUGGUCUUUCUGACUUUUAAAAUUUUUUCAUGAAAUAUCUUUUGCAGUGGACAGUGUUUUGUGUAUUUUAUAUAACUCUGUCUUUGUAUAACUCCUGUCCCCUACAGAAGACAAAAAUGUUUUGCUGCCUCUCCAGAUGAUAUAUUCUAUAAUUAAUAUUCACAUUUAUUUUAUGCAUUUACAUAAUUUCACUUUUUCAUAUAGUGCAUUUAUUUGAAUUAUUGUCCAUAAAUUUGACAUAAAUACUCUUUAUCUGUCAUGACUGAAACCAGUGUUUUAUGUCUCAUUCAUUCACAUGGAUUUCUGUGCUUUAAACUAAUAAUUUGAGUUUUUUUUCUGUCAAAUAUCAAUAAACUGAGAUUAAACUGAGACUGAAGAAAAAAUUUAGAAACUAAGAUAUUUUUUCAACCAUUAUUUAAGCAGAGUCGACAGUUUCAACUGUUGUUUAUGAGUUCCAGAGUGAACAUGUUGAUUAGAAACUCUGUCAGUGGUUAAAUGGUUUAUUUUCUGUCUCAUAUGUUGUGAUUUCAUAUCGACACUGAGGAUCAGGUUGAAAAUAUUCUGUCCAUUAUGUAUCAAAUCUGACAUAAAAGUCUUAAUAUCAGACCAGUUGAGGUAAAUCUUUACGCCGACGACACUGUUGUUUAUUCUUAUAAAAGUAUCAAAGACAGCUUUGGAUAAAUACAGUUACAUUUAUUACAUUAUUUCUUUUAUUGUUCAGUCUAUUAUAAUUUUAUUAUUAAGUCUUUUUCAUAAACUUGUCCAUUAUAUUUUUAAUAGUCAUUAAUAGUCAGUAAAUGAACAGACUGUGUUAGUGAAUGACUUAGUGAUGUUUAAUAUUUUUCUUGUUAACGUGGUGAAAUAAUGUGACAUGAAGAGGCCGUGGUUCUGUUUGUACAAAUAAAUAAACCAACCUUUGAUCAAA